UACGCGGAGAAGGCUUGGGCGGCGCAGCAGAUCUCGGAGCUGAGGGCGACGUUGGACGACGGCCUGGGUCGCCUGAAGGAGGGGCCGCGGUACGCGGAGAGGGCGUGGGCGGAGAGGGAGCUCUCGGAGCUCAGGGCGUCGCUGGACGACGGCCUGGGCCGCCUGCAGGAGAUGCCUGAGUACGCAGAGAAGGCGUGGGCGGCGCAGCAGAUCUCGGAGCUGAGAGCGUCCGCCGAGAGUUGCGCGAGUCGCGUUGAGGAGCUCGCCAGCAGCCGCGUCGCCCUGAACGGAGACGGCCCGGGCUGCAGCCGCCAGCUCGUGGAGGUCCAGGCGUCUGUGGCCGACCAGAGGCGGCAGAUGGAGACGCUCACGGAGGAGUUCGAGGCCUCCGUGGCCUCCCUGACCAGGGCGCUGCAGGGCGUCCAGGAGAAGCUGGAAGGCUGGAGGGAUCCAACCGAGCCGCUCGAGGUCCUCACGGCGAAGGUGUCUUCCCUCGAAGGGGCCGCGGGCACAGCGAAGAACCGUUGCCCCGCAGCCUCGCCCGGCGGGAGCAGGAUACAUGAUGCAGCAUUAGCGUCCACAUGA